CCCAAAACCCCUGAGUGCCCUCUCUCUCUCUCUCUCUCUGCUUCGCAUUCGCAUUGCACAAGUUGCAGAUCGCUGCCGGCGAAAAGCAAUUUGUGCCACCGUUUCCGUCAACUCAGGUCAGCCUUGAUUUCCAUUUUUUUUUCCCUCAUCUUCCUAGCAGUCCUAAAAUCACCGUAGGUUGCUUGAAUUCUUGCUAUCUUCUUCCACAUUCAUGGUGUGUGACUGCUAUCGUACUCUGUGUGUGACGUCUCGUGGAUUGGCUGAACAAUUUUAGAUAUGUGCUUUUGUACCAAGCCUGGAAACGCAUUGAAGCCAGCUUCCGAAGAUUCAGUGCAACCACUUUUAGCCCCCCAAUACAAUGGAGAAGAAAUGAUAAAGGUUGCAAAAGCAAUGAGAGCUCUGCGAGUCUCUGCUGUUAAGUUGUUGUUAACCUUCAUCGUUUCUAAGAUUCUGCUUCUCAUUGCUGUUAAAAAUCUCUGGAUUCCAGUGCGAUCAUGUGUCAUUCCCUUAUUUUUCCAAGACAAAGCGGUUAACAUUUUAAUGUUUAAGAAGCUGUUUCAAUACUAUUCUCUGAAAAGGAAGGAAAACAAGCUGGUCAACAAUGUCUCCCUCACUCAGACAGCCAUGCUCAUGCUUAAACUUCUCUUUUCCAUCUUAAUUUUCUUUGUGGCUUUUGCGUCGGUGAUGCAUUUCGCUUACUGUCUUUUUUUUCCUGUACCAGUGUCUCUCAUGAAUUUGGGUUUUGUUCUAGUUCAUUUUACCUUAACUGUUGUCUUUUCUUGGUUUGUAUUUUGGUUCAACCUUGAUGUUAUAUAAGAGAGAAAUAUCAAAACAAUAUCUUUGCCCACUA